AUGCCCCAAACACGCGAGAAACACAGGCCUCCACGUCUCCAGAGCACCGCCAGCUACCGCUCGCUGGCCAUCGCCCGCAUAGUAUCACCCAUAGCUCCUCAGAUGAUGAGUGAAGAAAUGAGAAACACCUUCCGCAUCUCUCAGUCCAUCCGCCAGCAGCAGACAAACCUCAUAGCGACAACUCAAGAUAAGGGAAACUCUGACGCCACCGACGGCAUCGAUCACGACACCGAUGACCGUCUAGAAGACGCAGACGACGCGUCGUCAAAUGGCUCUGCUUCAAGAGCACCAGAUUCCGAGCCUGUAACAGCUGACGCCGUUUCUCAUGAUGGAGAGGCUACAUCAGGAACAGGAUCGGUUGGUUCUGCCAAUUCGGCCGUGUCUUCCACCUCACAGUCCACUGCACCAUCAGCAGGGUCCGACACGGUUGCCACGUUUAAUUACUCGCCCCAAAAGGGUUUGAGUCCCUCAGCGUCGACCCGAUCUACCGGCGUUCACGAUAUUAGCAUCCUGGACACCGAAUCAGGGGAGUUUGAUCGUAUUACUUCUGCUCUCAGCAAGAAGAAGUUGAAACGAGACCGUGCGCCUGGACCCUUGAGAAUCCCCGGGCAUGCUCGUGGCCUCACUCCCGUCAUUAACUCUGCUCCCAUCCGAACAUACUACUCAGCGGUUUCCGGUUACAAUGGCUACGCAAUUCCGUCCGGAUAUCCUGGUCGCACCCAUGCUGGACAUGUAGGUUACGUCGCUGGUUCCACGGGGCCGGUGGGACCCAAUAUGGGACCCGUAGGAGCCGUGGGGACCGUUGCUUAUGCGGGAACACCCGUCAGCAUGACUACCCCCGGCCACUACCAGCCCCGGCGGAUGCCAGUCCGGCUGUUCUUACAACCAGUGCCCAUUCCUGUCCAAGUGGUGCAGACACCAAUGAGACGAAGCAUACCUGCUGCUUAUGAACGUAAAACGGCGAAAGCACGCGGCAAGGAGCGCCGUAAACCUGUCCAGGAUGUAUUUUUAGGUGACGUGAAGCGAGAAGCUCCCAUGACAUCGCAGCCCCCAUCUGCACAGCAAGAGUACUUUGAGGAUCAUGACGACGAUCGCACUGACGCUACUGAAGAGGAGAUGCGCGAGAUGGAGUCGAAGAGACGGGCAAAUUCCAUAGUAGGGGGUAGCAUUGUGUUCAACGACGAGUCUGCGUUCAAUUUCAAGAUCUUUGGAGAGCGAGACGAAGAUGCAAAGACAAAGUUCAUGAAAGUGUGUGAGACAACAUGGGAUCAGUACAUGGCAAGGCAACUGUAA